AUGUGGAUUCUACCUCUCGUUGGGUAUCUCGGCUCCAUCGUGGGCUUUUGCUUUUUGACGCUGGCUAUAGCUUCCGGCCUCUACUACCUCUCUGAACUAGUCGAGGAACAUACCGUCAUCGCGAAACGACUUCUAACUAAACUCAUCUACUCUAUCAUCGGACUUCAGCUCAUACUCUGGCUUGUCGAUGGAUUCCCUUUGGGGUUGAGCCUCAUGGGGAUUGCAUCGCAUGUUAUAUACCUCGGAAAUAUGCGACGCUUCCCAUUCGUCAAGUUGACGGACCCUUUGUUCAUCGCCUCGUGUGUGCUGGUACUGGUCAAUCAUUACUUUUGGUUCCAACAUUUCUCCGAGGCGCAGCAGCGGUCAUACUCGCGCCUAUCGUCUAUGUACGACCGGCCGGAUGUACCAAGUUUCACUGAGAUCGCCUCGUACUUUGGCUUGUGCGUAUGGCUCAUCCCGUUCGCCUUAUUUGUUAGUCUGUCUGCCAGCGAUAACGUUUUGCCCACAAUCGGUACCGAACAACCCUCGCGCGACGUUGGCGGAAAGAGCAAGCGGCAGGGCAUGGUAAAAGUUAUUGUUGAUAACGUGCUGUCGGCUAUCGGAGAAGUUACUCGUUUAGCAGGGUGGAAGAAGCCAGAGGACCGCUUCUGA